AUGGUCAUGCCACGGUAGAAGGGGAAAAAAAAUCAAUCAAUAAUGGAUCCUGAGCGACCCCAUCGAAGUACUAGCAUCAACAACAGUAGCACUAGCGGCACCAACACAACAACAAGCACCACGAGUGAGCUCUUCAUUUGUUUCACUUCACGCCUUUCGUCUUCUUCGUCGAUGAAAAUCCCUUCUAAAUCGAUCAUCAGCCCCGGUCGUUCAAGGGAGCCUUCUUCUUCUUCUUCACAAAUCUCUCUCUCUUCAUCGCUCAGUAGGAGGCUUCGAAGUAAUGGUAGUAUGAAAGGUGGUCAAGCUUCACCCAUGUUCCCCACAACCAAUAAUGGCAAAAAGAGAGGCGGCGGCGUUUUCGAGAACCCAGAGCCGUCUUCACCGAAGGUCACUUGCAUUGGUCAAGUCAGGGUGAAGACUAAGAAACAGGGGAAAAAGUUGAGAGCUUGUAGAUCUAAAAGAAGAGAAGUUAGUUUCAGAAAAAUGGAUCAUGAGAAUGGAAGCAGCAACAGUCUUGAUCAUCAAGAUUACAACAUGGAUCAUUUUUUGAGCAGUAGUAGUCAUCAUCGUCAACAGCAGCAGCAGCAAGAAUGCAAGAAAUGGGUGCAUUUCCCAUUGACUAUUUGUGAAGCAUUGAGGGCGUUUGGGUCCGAGUUUAACUGUUUUUUACCUUGCAGGUCGUCUUGUAUGGCUAACCAAAGGGAUAAUAACAAAGAAGGGAAAACCAGAGGAUCUGGGAAUGGAAAUGGAAAUGGGAGGUCUUCUUCUUCUUCAUGUGGGGCUGUUUUCACAAGGUGGCUUGUGGAUGUUCAAGAAGGGGAAGGGGAAGGGAAAGUGAGAGAGGUUGAAUUGGUUGUUGGUGAGGAAGAAGAUGAUGAGAGAAGGGAAAGUAGUGAGAUGACGAUGAGAAGAAGCCAAAGGAGACAUGUUUUUGAAGAUAUUGAAAUCAAUGAUUUUGUUUCUGAUAAUAUUGGUGAUGAUGAAGAUGAAGCAAGGGUGAGUAUCUGUAUACCACCUAAGAAUGCUUUAUUGUUGAUGAGAUGUAGAUCUGAUCCUGUUAAAAUGGCUGCCCUUGCUAAUAAAUUCUGGGAAACUUCACUCCCUAAAGAUGAAAGUGAAGAGAAAUUGGAAGAACAAGGACUCCAAGAGGAUACUGUGGAAGCUGAAAUGGAACAUGAAGAAGUUAGUGAAGUCCGUGAAAUGCUUGUUUCUUGUGAAGCAGAUGAUGAAGAAGAAAUCCAAGAAGCUGAAACAGAGGUUGAAUCUGUUUUGGUGAAGGAUGAAAGUGGUGAAAUUGUAGAAGAAACAAUUGUAGAAUGCCAGGAUCAAGAACAUGAAAAUGUAGUGGAAGAAACCCAGCAAGAAUCAACAUUAAAAGAACAAAUUUUGACUGAAAUUUCACAUGAUGAUGCUGAAAAGCCAUCCUUUGAAGAAAAUGAAUCCGCCAUUGAAGACCUGCUACAACAAGAAGCUGAAGCUGAAGAGGAAGAAGGGGAAGAUCAAACAGAAGCUGAAGAAGAAGAAGAAGAUUCAACAGUGGAGGUAGAAUGUAAAACAACCCAUGAAAGAUCCGAAUUUGGUAAACCGGAAACCCGAGAAGCCGACCCGGAAAAUGAGUCAAAGGAGAGUGAAAGUGAAGAGAAGUUAUUGCCAGAUUGUUUGCUGUUAAUGAUGUGCGAGCCAAAGCUGUCAAUGGAGGUAUCCAAGGAGACUUGGGUGUGCAGCACGGAUUUCAUCAGAUGGUUACCGGAGAAGAGGAAGCAACCGGUGGUCAAACCAAAGGACGGUGGAGAUGAACCCAAGAGAAGAAUCAGCGUUGACUCUAACCCUCGCCCUAUCUUCUUACAGCCACCAAGGUCUUCUUGCUCUUUCCCGGCUGCUCCUGGCGGCAGGUCUAUGACUACUAAGAAAGACCACGAGAUUGUUGGACAUGGAGGUAAAGGGUAUGAGCCGUUUGCGCUCAUGCGCUGCAAGUCUGAGCCGAGGAAGCCAUCGGCUAAGCUAGCGCCCGAUGCUUGUUUUUGGAAGAACAGGAAGCUCGAGCCGACUUCACUUGGAGUUGGGUUUUGAUGAGCCGAGUUCGGUAAGAAAACUAUCUGUGGUAGCUGGUAAGUACUUGUACGAGUAAAUGUUUUAGUUUAUUUUUUGCUUUUUGAAUAGUAAAAUUAUCUUUGGGGUUAUUU